UCCAGAUGUCAGGGUCCAGAGGCCUGGUCCCAGAGCUGGAGAACAGCCCAUGGAGCUCUCCCACCACAAUCUGCAUGGGCAAGAUGUGCUGGAUACUCCUUUGGGGAAUCCUCCACACUUGCCCCACACGGGCCUCUGUGCUUUUGGCCCAGCAGUUACCACAGCAACUGACAUCCCCCGGAUACCCAGAGCCAUAUCUCAAAGGCCAGGAGAGCCAUGCUGACAUCGAGGCUCCAGAGGGGUUUGCUGUGAGGCUGAUCUUCCAGGACUUUGAUCUGGAGCCAUCCCCAGGCUGUGAAGGCGACUCUGUCACAAUUUCAACCAGAGGAACAGAUGCAACCAGGCUGUGUGGGCAGCAAGGUUCCUCUCUGGGGAGCCCUCCUGGCCACAGGGAGUUUGUAUCCUCAGGGAGGAGCCUGCGGCUGACCUUCCAGGCACAUUCCUCCUCCAAGAACAAAAUCACACACCUCCACAGAGGCUUCCUGGCUCUCUACCAAGCCAUAGCUGUGAACCAACCCAAUGGGGACACGGAGACUGUCACCACACCUGGAGCUGACCCUCCCAAGAUUCAGAACCACUGCCAAGAUCCCUAUUAUAAGACAGAACAGACAGGGACACUUAGCUGCCCAUCCUUGAGGAAGUGUAAGGACAGACAGGAUGGAGAGGAGGUUCCUGUAUGCGUGCCAGUCUGUGGAAGACCAGUUGUCCCCAUUGCCGAGAACCCAAACACUUUUGGUUCUUCCCGAGCUAAUCUGGGCAACUUCCCCUGGCAAGCCUUCACCAGCAUCUACGGUCGUGGGGGCGGAGCCCUGCUCGGUGACAGAUGGAUCCUGACGGCUGCCCAUACCAUCUACCCCAAGGAUAGCAUCUAUCUCAGGAAGAACCAGAAUGUGGAAGUGUUUCUGGGUCACACAGACAUAGACGAGCUGCUGAAACUGGGGAACCACCCUGUCCGUAGGGUGGUGGUUCACCCAGACUACCGCCAACAUGAGUCCCACAACUUCAAUGGGGAUAUCGCCCUCCUGGAGCUUGAGCACAGAGUCCCCCUGGGGCCCAACCUCCUCCCAGUCUGUCUGCCCGACAAUGAGACCCUCUACCACAGCGGCCUGUGGGGUUAUGUCAGUGGGUUUGGUGUGGAGAUGGGCUGGUUAACGACAAAGUUGAAAUACUCAAAGCUGCCUGUGGCUCCCCGGGAGGCUUGUGAAGCCUGGCUCCGCCAGAGACAGCGAACUGAGGUGUUUUCUGACAAUAUGUUCUGUGUCGGGGAAGAGAUGCAGAUGAACAGUGUCUGCCAGGGAGACAGUGGCAGCGUCUAUGUGGUGUGGGACGAUCGUGCUCGUCACUGGGUAGCCACAGGCAUUGUAUCCUGGGGCGUCGGUUGUGGCAAGGGGUACGGCUUCUACACCAAAGUACUCAGCUACGUGGAUUGGAUUAAGAGGGUGACUGAAGGUAAAGACUGACGCCAGGAGGCCUGAGCUGGCUGAGCCAGCCAGCACUGAGGAGCUCCCAGCUAAGAACCGGCAGGAGUGAAGAUCCAUUCGAAGCCGGGAGACCCCUAUUUAAGUCACUGGUUCAGCAACCGGCUGCCAACAGAAAGCCCCGCCUCCCCGAGCCUGCGCCAUCCCAAAUCAGAAGCAGUUCCUCUCUCUCACUUUCUGUUCCCCUGGGUUUUAUACUAGGGGAGCCCUGUAAAUCUAAGCAACUUUUGCUUAUAACAUUUAUUUGUUCAAGGCAGGGUUUCACUCUGUAGCCAGGCUGGCCUCAAACUCAGGGCAACGCUCCUGCUUCAGCCUCCCAAACAUUGGGAUUACAAGCAUAUACACCUAGCAUCGUCACCACCUGUGUCUUUUUUAAUCCCCCGACCUCAGCUAUGGACAGUUUCUUCUGUAUUUACUCAUGGACUUGUGCUUCUGAAGUAUUCCGGAGACCCUUACAAUGAGCCUCAAAUAUGCAAAGCAACGGGCUUCGCCCCGACCCCAGCUUCUACAGGCAAUCCUGGCAAUGCUUCCUUUUCUUUUACAUCUACGGUAAACCAGGAGCGUCCCCUAUCGUCUCACCCAAUUCUCGCUGGCCAUAGGCUGUCAUUCACAUCUCACAAUGAGGAAACGGAAGCUCCCAAAGACCCGAUGGCUUGCGGAAGUUCCACAGCUGGUUGAUUGAGGCUUCAUCCCAUCUCAGGGAUUCCUCUCGGUUGCCAGCAAUACCUACCUUAGCAUCUACUUCCCCUUCCGGGUUCCACAGCUUUACAGACACCAUCCCUGGGAAGGCCUGUUUCAGUGAAAGUUGUACCAUCAGCUCCCACUUUCCUGCUGGCCCUCAUCGCCCAGUGCAUUGCAAGCCUGAGAAGCUGAACUCUUUAAUUUGUAGAAAAGAUUUGGAGUGAUUUACACUAAAAGACAAAAAUAAAAUACAAAAGUUCAGUGACAAUAGAGAAUGAAUACCAUAAAAGAGAAAAAGAAAGUACAUUAGUGUUGAGGUGAAGGUGUCUUAUUGUCAAAGGUUAAAUUUAUCUAAAAAAAAAAAAAAAAAAAAA